AUGGCGACUCGAUCUCCUCUACGCUCUUUGGUUCUUUUGUUUUCCCUUCUCUUUGCGUUGGCCGUGCCAGGCUUGGGAGUUCCUACCAAAAGAGCCGACACCCACCCGCAGCAGGACGAUAACCAAGACACAAACUGCGAAGCUCCCACACCUGAAACCCCCGUAAGCGAUGUGAAACUUCACUACGUUUCUGAUCACGGCUGCAGCGAUGAUCAAAAAAAAAUCAUUCAGGAGGAGAUUCGAUUUGCAAUCGACUUGGCGAGUACAGCCAAAAACGAUCUCCAUAGGGACUACUACUACAAGAAGUUUUUCCCAGACUCUCUGACGGGAAAGGACGGAUUUGACACUUCCGUCACCGACAUUUACGGCCGUAUUGCUACCUUUUGGACAGGAAAUCACCCUCAACACUACGCAAAUCUUACUUGCACCCCUUCCAAGAACUCCAAGUGCCAAAACCCUCGGAUAGCAGCAUUCAUGACAGUGAAAGAGAAGCGAGUCACAUUUUGCAAGCCGUUCUUUAGUCCCGAUUCGAUUGAGACGACGGAUCUAGGAUCAUUUUCUACUACAGAGGAGCUUUUGUCAAGUUUCGCUUAA